AUGAUUGUGAGGACUAUUUUUUUGGACAAAAUUUAUUUGAAGAAAUUUAAUCUGAAUAGCAAAGGAAAGGAAAAAAAAGGAAAAAAAGGCAACAGUAAUCUCCACGUGAACCUAACUAUUCACUCUCCUCUACCGCCUCCUCCGCCACCUAUUCACUCUCCUCUACCGCCUCCUCCGCCACCUAUUCACUCUCCUCCACCACCUCUUGUCCGAUCACCACCACAACAUGUUCAGUCUCCUCCACCACAGUCAAAAUCUCCAUCACCUCCUCUUCCAGGAUUGUCUAAGCCUCCACCCUUCGAAGAUGUGGUACUUCCACCAUCCAUUGGUUCGCUUUAUGCAUCACCAUGCCACCGCCAGUAUUCAAAGGAUAUUGAGUGGUGA